AUGUCAUUACCGAGUGUAUUUAUUUGUAUCAUUUUACUUAUAUCAGUACCAGUUUUAAGUGGAAUUAAUGUAGAACAUCGACCAACAGUUGGAGUUAUUCGUUGGGAUGCUUGGAAUUUAUUUAAUAAUCAAUACGAUCCUAUUUCUUAUUAUUUACAUCGUGCUUUAACUCCUGAAGAAUUUCAUUUUCGUAUACCAUUUUAUGGAUCAGUUCAUUCACCGACAAAUAUAUCUUUCAAUGGAGAUAUACAAAAUGUAAUGGAUCAAGAAGUUCUCUAUGCUAAACAUGCAGGUAUAGACUAUUGGGCAUUCGAUACUUAUUGUACGUUUGGAUCAAAUUGUACAACUAAUAAUACAUAUUGUACUCAAUAUUAUAAACAAACAUCAAAUCAAUAUUGCCCAAGAAAUCCUGCUUAUGGAUUAGAUUUAUAUCUUUCAAGUCCAUAUAAAUCUUUGGUGAAUUUUACUCUCAUUCUAUUAGGUUCUUCACCAUGUGAUGUAACCUUUCAACAGCAAUAUAUUGAUCUUAUGAAACAACCUCAAUUUCAAACGGUAUUAGGAGGUCGUCCACUAUUGUAUUUAUUUCAAUUUGAUAAUGCUGAAGCUGAUAUUUGUGGUGGUGGAUGGUCUGGAAGUGGACAAGUAUUUCAGAAAUUUCGACAACUAGCUAUAAGUCAAGGAUUACAAAAUCCAUAUAUGGUACUUAUGGAUUUUGAUGUUGCAACCGUUCAAUCACAUGCUUCGAUGCUUGAAUUCGAUGCAAUUUCCACGUAUGCAUUACCUGGAGGAACAAAUGAAGGAACUCCAUUUGUUGAACUACUUCAUUCAGCUCAACAAUGGUGGCAAUCUGCUCAUCAGAUUGGAACUAAAAUGGUGCCCAUAGUUCCUACGGGUUGGGAUCCACGACCACGUGCUGAAAAUCCUGUUCCAUGGGUUGAUGAGGGACCGCAGCAUUAUUUCCAACCAACCGUCGAAGAAUUGCAAACAUUAAUUCGAAAUGGAAUUAAUUUUACAUGUACCUAUAAUCAAACAGCUGAAGCACAAACAAUUAUCAUCUAUGCAUGGAAUGAAUGCAGUGAAACUAGUGGUUCACUUAUUCCUUCGUUGGGAAAUGGAACCCUUUAUGUUGAUGCUUUAUCAAAAGUUCUUCCGAUGCAUUGCUAA